ACAUCAACAGUGCUUCCUCUUUUUCUCUCUAAUUGAUCUGUACUUUGAUAAAAAAAAAGUAACACUGUAUGUGUUUUUGCAUUUACAUAGACGUUAAUAAUAAACGAUCUUGUGUUCAUGUGCUGUACUUUAACGUUAUUGCAUUGCACAAAGAUGCCUUCAUGUAAGUGUGUAAAAAUCACGAUUUAUUUUCACAUAAAACCUAUAUGUUGUUUGCUUUUUAUUUUUAAUUUCUUUUGCAAGGCCAUACUGAGAGCUUUGCAUAUAUUAGACGCAGUCUAUUCAUUUGCAAAAUUCUCUUAUCUGAAGAGAUAAUCCAGCUGCGGUGCAUAACGCACGGCGUGAGGAACGAUUCGUUUCGGUUCAGACGAGCAGAGGCCUGUAUGUGGUGAUGAAGGAAGGAAGAUGGAGCAAGAGACGUGAGACAGGCAACGCAGAGAGAUGAUGACAAGCUCAUAGAGUCACACGAAGAAAGCGUUCGACCUCGCAGGGCCAGCUUUGAAACAGGAAACGUCGACUUCCGCAAGAUUUUCUCACCAAAGAUGUAUGGCAGCUUGACAGAUCUUAAGAAUGCUUUGCUGAAGCAGGUUACAUACAAGCCAGUUUUGGUUUAAGCUGCGUUGCUGUGUUUGUGCUGUUGGUAAGGUGCUCUGGAUGCUCGGCCCGAGGAGGAUUUCAGAAGGAUUUAGAGUAAAACAGGAAAAACGAUUCGAAACACGUUGCCAACAUGAUUCCAGCUCAGGAUGGUUCCACCACUGACAGGCUGCUCGUUCCAACACAACAGGGUCACUCAUCUGGUUCAGGAUCAACCAGAAGCAGACAGAGACAGGGCUCUCCUGCACGAAAACUGGGCAUGACCAGGAAACUACGGGACAGAAAGGAUCCUGAAGAUCCAGAGGAAAGAUCGAAAAGGCAAAAAGAGUUUGAGCUGAAACCACUGUACAAGGAGUUGCUGUACACCAUUAAACACAGACUGGGCAAACCAACCACCAACACAGAGUACAGCACUAUUCAGUUACAGGACUAUAUUAAAGAGGCAUUUGGCAUGACAGACGAUGAACAUGAAAGUUUGUCAGAAAAAGUGGACAAUGCAAUGAAACCGGUUUACUGCCUGAAGAUCACUGUCAAGGAGGCCAAAGGGAUUCUGGGAAAGGACAUCAGUGGAUUUAGUGAUCCAUACUGCCUGCUGAGCAUCUUACAGAAAAAUGCAGAGGCUCAGAGCAGCAAACCACAGAAGGCUGUAGUGAAGGAUUCGGCACAGCAAGGGGAAAUCUUCCAAACAGAUGUAAAGAAACAGACCCUCAACCCAGUGUGGGAUGAAACCUUUAAACUGGUGUUUGACGACAUCAAGUCGGCCAAUUUUCAUCUGGAAAUGUGGGAUAAAGAUGAGGAGGUGUCGCUUGCUCAGAAACUCGACGAGUUCCGGACAAACUUUCACGGGCUGAAAAGAAUGUUAAAGGAUGCCAAGAAGGAGAAAGGGCAGGAUGACUUCCUGGGAAAUAUUGUUCUCAAACUGCAGGACCUGCACUGUAUAGAGGAUAAGUGGUACAUACUCCAGCCCCGGACAGAGACGUACCCAGACCGAGGGAAGUGCCACCUGCAGGUCAAAUUAAUCCACAAGCAGAGAGACGAUACUCUGAGCGCCGGACGAAGCCUGUACGUGAAUUAUAGUGGCAUCUUACAGCAGUUUGUGCAGGCGUACAUCUCCAAGCAACAGGAUGGCGGUCCCUGGAAGGGAGAGCUGUGUGGAGAGGCCAGUACUCUGCUGGAGUAUUACGCCACUCAGAAUGAUAUUUCACCUUUCCUGCAGGACCUGGCGAAGUGGGUGGCCUAUAGUAAACUAUAUCAGAGCCUGGAGGUGGACUCUACGGUAUUGUUUCAGCAGCUGACUAGUAUUGAGUAUCACUGGGACCAGCAGGAACUCCCGUACCAACAGAAACAAGAAUUGGGAGACUCUUUGCAUGGCUUUCUGCAGUAUGGUUUAUGUUUGGUGUCCAAGUACAGAGAUAUUUUUCCUCCGACACCUAAAUGUACACCGAGGCUACACACACUGCUCAGGGUUCUGGUCCAGAUCUGUAAAACUAGAGCUUUUCAGAAGCUCAACCCAGCUAACUUUGCUUUACAUGAUGAGGUCAUUGAUGCAGUGCUGAACGGUACUGAGGAGUGGUUCAACAUUAAAAAAGGACUACACCAGCCAAUGACGAAGGAUUUGCUGGACGCAGUUAGCGCCUUCUCUCUAUUGAUUAAGGAAGUGCAGGAGGACAUUUGUCUCAGCAAGGACGUGUGGAACAGAGUGUUUGUCAGUGCUGUGCAGUUGGACGUGUUUACAGUCGUGUACCAGAAACUCGACUCUCUGCUGGCAGAGGAGCUUCAAGCAAAGCUGUGUCAGUUGGAGAAUCAUAUGGAUCAGUCUUUGGCUAACAGUUUGUUUCCUGUGUAUCUGAGUCUGCAAACCAUCCACAAAGAAAAAGCAUAUCUACAGAAAAGAGAUAAGUUGCUGCAGCUGACAAACUUCCACGAGGAUUUCCGUGAGGCUCUGCCAUACUGGCUGAAUAAAGCUUACAGUACCACGAUGGAGCGUGUGGAGAAAGCAGUGCAAGUGGAUCAGUUACAGCCUUUACAGUCUGGAACAGUACCGAUAAAGCACAGCUCUUCAGCCGUUGAUCUUGCAGCAUGUCUACAGCCGAUUUGUCAGCUUUGGGAACAACUGAGCUGGCCUGACUCAGAGGAAGGCUUCAUGCUCAUGGUCAAGCUGACAGAGGAUAUGUGCAAGAUUGCCUCCAUGUACUGCCGUUUGCUGAAAGCUCGGGUGAAGGAGCUUUCCCAGAAUUGUGACCCAAGCAGUUCUGUCAACAUGCUGUGUGUUGUAGUAAACGAUCUGGAGCACCUACGGUCAGUGUUGGCCCGCCUACCUCAGCAGCUGAACUGGGCAGGGCUUCGAGAGCGGACCCGGAACGUGAUCGGAGAAAGCCAGUUUCAGAACACACUCCCCUCCCAGCUGCAGCACACACAGGGCGCCCUGAACCGAGAAAUCCGCUCGGCCGUCGACACUCUCGGCCAGAAGCUGCACACUGAUAUCGGGGAUUAUGUUCGCAGGAUGGCCACACGACAUCGGCUCCCUUCAAGAUCCACAGAGGAUGCCGUGGAUCCUCUGAUGCGGUAUUUGGAAAAGGAGCUGCAGUAUAUGAAUGAAAAUCUGGUACAGGAGAAUUUUAACAGUUUGCUGACGCCGUUGUGGAUGAAUUCAGUGAAGAUUCUGCACCAGGUCUCGAAGCAGGAGGAUGCCAACACGGUGUAUUUUCAGAGACUCCAGUUUACUCUACAGUGCCUGGAACAGUGUUUUCAUGCUGAAGGGAACGGACUUCCGCUGGAAACGCUACACACAGAGGAAUAUAAGGCUCUGCAAACCCACCUGAUGCAUAACGCCAUGAGCUGCCAGCAGCUAAUAGAAAAGUUUUUUGAGAGAAAAGUGUGGGAGCAGAAAGUGUGUCAUGGAGAGAAAUACGGAGCAGUAACACUCAUCACCUCGUACAAGCGCUCAGAGUCGAAACUGCAUGUGGAGGUGCUGAAUGCAGUGAACCUCAUUCCCCUCGACUCCAACGGUUUCAGUGACCCGUUUGUUCAACUGUCAUUGGAGCCACGGCACAUUUUCCCACAGGUGGACCAACGAUCGACUAAAGUCAAAAACCGUGACCUGAACCCGCUGUUUGAGGAGUGCUUCGAGUUUGCUGUUUCUUUACAGCAAUGUCAGUCAGCCGGAGCGUGCCUCCUGGUGACGGUACUGGACUACGAUGCCUUGCGCAGCGACGACUUUGAAGGAGAGGCGUUUCUCUCGCUGAAGGCGGUGCCUGGAAUCGCAGGAGGUGAAGGCCCUGUUCUCAAUCCUGCUCAGAUCCGCCUGCCUCUGCUGCACCCCAAACCAAACAGUGACACGACUCUGAAGACGCUCGAGAGCAGAAGGAACGAACGUGACGCUCAGGCCUUCGUCAAACUGCGCAGACAGAGAGAACGCAAAUCCCAGGAAGCCUAAAUCUCAAGUCUUGGAGGCGAGAGUUUUGGAACCGAUCAUCUCUACUGAUGUUCUGUAUUUAUCUGGAGACAGUAAUGUUAUAGUGAUUUAGGUGUUUAUUCUAGAGCAGAGAUGGUAAAAGACAGGAGGUGGAGCUGGAGGUAGCAGAGAUGGAGAUGUUGAGGUUUUCGUUGGGAGUGACCAGGAUUGACAGGAUUGGAAAUGAGUUUAUUAGAGGGACAGUGCAUGUAGGAC